AUGUCGGUGUCCCUGUCCAGCAUCCCUGUAGUGCUGAAGGACAAGAGCUGCUACCCAGCCGGCAUGCUGAAGGGCAGCCCGGCUCGUGGCUUCUACCCUGCCCCCCUCCCCGGUCCUCACCCCUACAUGGACUUCUUCCCGCGGACGCACAGUCUCCUUCACCCGCUCAAGUCCCUCGGUCGCCUGGUGUCGGACACUCAGGCGUCCCUGCCGCUCAGCCUGCCCGGCGGAGCCCCUCCGUUCCCACAUCACGCCUCGGUCCUGCACGAGCACAUGUUGAGCGCCUCCGGUGUCUCCUACCUGAGCCAGAUGCUGCCCGGACACCCGCUGUGCUCCAAACCGGAGGAGCUGGCUGCGGUGGUGACGGAGCACGCCGCCGGUCCGCUGUCCUCAGACUUCAGCAGCCCGUCCAGUGACAGAUCUUCAUCUGCGUCUUCAUCGCCGCCCAAAGACGCUUUGUUUCGCCACCGGUGCGCAGACAUGUCGCCAGUAAAAACCUCUUUUAAUUUCACUGAGGAUGACUUGUUCAUGGUGCUGUACGGUUAUUCCGGCGGCCAGGAGCGCAGCUCGGGUCACGCUAUAUCCGGACUGGCCCUGCCCGAAAAGUCAGUGUCUGACUCUCACAUCCUCCCACUGGACAAAGAAACACUUGAACUUCCAGAAGGGUUGACCAUCAUCCAGGCAGCUUGGGGAAACGUCUCACACUGUGGAGUUUUCACAGAAAAAAGCAGCAUCCCCAAAGGGACACGCUUCGGACCUUUCCAAGGCAAACUGGUGAACACCAGCGAGAUUAAAACAUAUGAUGACAACACUCUGAUGUGGGAGGUGUUUGAAAACGGCCGGUUGAGUCAUUUUGUUGACGGCAGGGGAGGCUCAGGAAACUGGAUGUCUUUGGUGAAGUGUGCUCGUUUCCCGGAGGAGCAGAACUUAAUCGCUGUGCAGAUCCAGGGUCAGAUCUUCUACGAGGCCUGCAAAGAGAUCCGGCCCGGACAGGAGCUGCUGGUGUGGUAUGGAGACUGCUACAUGCAGUUUCUGGGCAUCCCUCUCACCCUCAAAGACCCCAGAGAGGACAACAACGUGGUUCCUCCCGCUGAAGAUACCGGCGAGGGUUUCAAGUGUGACAGAUGCGGGAAGGUGUUUGCAUACAAAUACUACAGAGACAAACAUCUGAAGUACACGCGCUGCGUGGACCAGGGCGACAGGAAGUUCCCCUGUCACCUCUGCAACAGAUCUUUCGAGAAGAGAGACAGAUUGAGGAUCCACAUUUUGCACGUUCACGAAAAACACAGGCCUCACAAGUGCUCAGUGUGUGGAAAGAGUUUUUCCCAGUCGUCCAGUCUCAACAAACACAUGCGCGUGCACUCUGGAGAGCGGCCAUACAAAUGUGUCUACUGCAAUAAGGCCUUCACUGCCUCCAGUAUUCUGCGAACUCACAUCCGCCAGCACUCCGGAGAGAGGCCCUUUAAGUGUAAGCACUGCGGGAAGGCCUUCGCCUCUCACGCCGCACACGAUAGUCACGUCCGGCGGACCCACGCCAAGGACAAGCCCCAUCCCUGCGACCUGUGCGGAGCCUCUUUUCAAGAGGAACAGGAGCUGAAGUAUCACAUGAAAAGUCACAAAAAGAGGCAACUCUUGGACAGCACAGUUCUUCCGUCUCCUUCAGUGGGUGGAUUACAGGAGGAACCCGUAUUUCCGGUGAAAGACAAUCCAAAAACACCGAAAAACGCCGGACAAAACUGUCAGUACGCCGGUUUAACAGUUUUAAAUCCAGAAUAUCGGCCCUGGAACUAG